CCUUCCUUCCUUCUUUCCUUCCUUCUUUGAAGGGGCCCAGGAUCCAAACGAACGCAUUGCGAGCUAGGUGAAGAGGAUUCCAAAUGGAAUGUGCAUUGGGCUCCCAAGGGGGUUUGGCUUGGACCAUUCGGUGAUUGAUCACACCUUAACACUUGGAAAACCAAGUCGAGAGAAAAGAUCGUAACAACAGAAAGUGACACUGGUGUACUGUGGCAAAUGGAACAACGAGCCAUUUGAACUGCUGGUUUCUCUUAAUGUCAUGCAUGCAGUCAUGGAUUUGAGGCCAUAAUUUCACUUCCACGGAAUCACUUCUCCGGCUCCUGUCCGGCAUCAUGCCGUCAUCCGGAGGAGCCAAUGCCGACUGUCUGGAACUGUACAAGGAGUCAAAGAAGUUUCUCGUUCAAGUGCAGAAGACCGUCUCCAAACUCGAGUCCGGAUUACUCGACCUCAUCAAUACAAAAAGCCGCCAGGAGGCACUUUUGUCGCCCACCAAUGUAGGCAAGCUCAAGGCUCUCCAUGACAUUGAGCCUUUCAUGGAGAGUGUCCAGGGCUCCUUGAGCAAGAUCAAUGAUCUCGAAUUGAGCUUCUUUGACAUCGCGCGGGAUGAGAAGUCCUGCCGGAAGACCUACUUCUUUCGUGUGAGAUACAUCGUGACUAGCCUGGAGCGACAAAAACUGACGCUUCUGUAUCUCCUCCAGCAAUACGUGCUCUCUAUGCUGAAUCUGGUGUCAGCUCGACAAGUCGACAUGGCCCAAGCGGGUUCGGAUUGGCUCUACGUCCUUCAAAGUGCCGACAACUUCAAUAAGUUGUUAGUCGAUAACGGAAUGGACUUUGGUGAAUCCCCCUUGAAGAACACCCUGAUUCACUCCCAUUUCAAUAAAGAUGCUCACAUCCAUGAGAACUUCUUCCCCUCGUAUCCAAUGCACUUGAAGCAGUUCACCACGAGCAAAAUCCUGCAAACAGUGGCCUCCCAAAGGUCUUGGUUUGCGGCCACGGAAGUGACGCGAAGCAUUGUGAUGGGUUUGGACAAACGUCAACUGGAAAUGGCCUCUAAUGAUGUGAGCUGGUUGAACGUGCCUCAGCAAUCUUCGACGACGGAAAAGGCGGAUCCGAGCUUAGAUAUCCCACCCGUUCUACAGAUGGCCGUGCAUGGGGCCAAGAAUAAGGAUGGAAAUGGGAACAAGCGGAAAAAUCGGAAUAAUAAUCUCCUCAAUGGGGACUCACCCACCUCAGAUUAUCAUAGCCAAAACGGUGGUCAUCAAAACCACUUUCAAAUCAUUGAAGACUUUGUGUCGCACGAGGAGAACUUCCUCGGCCACUUCUUUCAAACUUUAGCCCAGGUUCCUGGCCUGCUAGGGAAAAAUGUGCUCAAAUUUGCCAAAGCGGGUGAGGGAAUCAUGGGUGAGCGCAUCCAUCGGACUGCGCGAGUGAAAAUGUCAGAAUACUAUCACGACCUUCUGUGGACCUCAGUUGGGUCCCUGGCUGAAAAGAUUCUCCUGUGGUCGGACAUUCAAGAUAUCAUCUACGUUCCAUUUGGUCUCCAGGAUGUCAGAAUCUGUCUUGGUCUUUCCAAUCUUCUCCAGGAUAACCUCUACGCCAAAUUUGGAGAUGGUUAUCCACCCAUUGUCUUCCCUUGCAUUCACCUUCUGGUAGAGAGCCUUAACCUUCAUUGUAUAUCCGCCUCUUGGGACAUGCAAUUUAUGGGUUGUCUAUCGGAGUCCUCCAGAAGCAAGACUGUGGCCUUGACCGUUCCUACGACAAGAAGUGGAACCCUGGUUUCCAAAACUGGGAAACUCUUCUACGAUACACUGAAGUCAAUUGUUCGCUUGAACAACCGAACGCACCCUGACAUGAUUCGAGACUUUGUGGAACAUGGUUCAUUCGAUCCCGAGGAAUUCCCGUUCCAAGAAGAGAUUAGCGUGUUGAGGAGGCUUUCGGCCACCCUAUUUUGUUUGCGGAAUUGGGCCAAUUCUCGGGCACACUCCACUCUUCACACUUGGCAGGUCCAGGAUUUCCUUUUGAUCACCCAAUGUGAUUUACUGAACAUGGAAGACUGCUUUGGGAUUCUUCAGAUGGAAUCGCAUGAGAGAAAUGCCCACACGAGGUCGAUCAACAUCCAGCUCUUUACCCACGUUCAAAAACUUGUUUGCGAUGAGAUCCACGAGUGCCAAAGCUCUAUUCGAGCACUUCCAAAGGAGAAUCAAGGAAGGUUGUCUGAAGUGUGCAGGACAUACUCAUUGGCCACCCUGCAAAAUAUUUUCCCUUCGGAGAGACAUUGGCGACAAACUGGACCCUUGGCCAACAAGUCUUCCAACUAUGUCAAUAAUUUCAUUGAACGCGUUCUAUCACCAGUCUUUAAAUCCUUAGAGUUUAUGAAAAUUGAGAUCCAGCAAACGAUUGCUCGACUCACGGUGAAAUCCUUUUGCGAAGCUUGGCUAGAACACAUCAAAUCCAGUCGAAUCAAGUUUAGUGAUUGCGGAGCACAUCAAAUAAGUCUCGACUUUCAAGGCCUGAGAACUUGGAUUGUGGCCAAUCCUUACCUGAAAGAGGAUUCUCGGCGAUAUGUGCUUCUCCUCGAUUCCAUCCGACAAUGUGAAGGCGUGGCGAAACUCCUCCAAUCGAAACCAGGAGAAGUUGUUGAUGUUAAAUCGACCAAGAAUAGAGUGACUCCCAUAUCUGAAAACGGAACGGUAAACAACAAUCAUCACGCCAACCACACUCAAAGGCAGUUAUCUCCGGUGAACCAAAUCCUCGAUUCAAUCCCAGCAGAGCUCUAUGUUCCUAAUCAGCAACAAUGGGUGAAGCUCAAAACCGGAACGAAACUUUCUCUUCCAUUCUGUUGUCGAUAGAUAUCUUGCUUCAUUUCUUUUAUCAUUCGACAAUAUAGCAAAUUAUUGCUAUCCUGGUGAAAGCAAGCUUUCGCUUAUCCAGUACCUGAGGAAUAUAUGCUCAAGAAUAUAUGUGCAAUGGGUAUAGAAAAUAUUUGCUUAUUUGCUAUUGUCAGUUCUUGAACAAAUCAUUCCUGAAAUAAAAUCAAUCAAUAGUAUCCUUCAC